AUGGAAGAAACAGAUAAUAUACCGAAGAGACGUAGGGGUAGACCUAGAAAAUCAUCUAGUCAAAACAAAAUUUUGGCUGAACAACAGUCAAAUUAUGAUGAUGAAACUUUUGAUGUGGCUGCAUCUGCUGUAAAGGCCCUUCAAGCAGUUGAAACAGUUGAUGGGGACCCCGACUUUAUGGAAAAUAUGAUAGAAAGUGAUGGAGAUAACGAUGAUGAUGAGAAUUUUCAAGAUAAUGGACCUGCCUCUGAAGAAGACGAGAAUAUGCCAAUUGAGGUGGAUGAUGAUAAUGAAUCAUUAGUGGAGAAGAAACCUAAAAGAAAAGUUCGUAAGAUUAAGACAGAAACCCCGAAAAGAUUGAAAAGGGUAACAAAAGUCAAGACAACUGUUAAUAAAAAUCGUAUCAUUAGAGGCUUAAAGGAUCUAAGUGCUGCCAAAGAUAAAAUUAAUAGAAUUUAUGGAUCUAAUGAAACCCGUUUACUUGAAUUGGCUAAAGUUAAAGAAGGCUUUGAAGCGUAUCUAUUUGAUUUCCCAGAAAAGCUUCUUCAGAACACUUCAGAAUAUUAUAUUCCAAAAAUUACUCCCUCUGGACAGAGGAAUAUAUAUGAUCAGUUACAUAAUAAACUGAUCGAAAAUCAACGAUCUUCUAUAUCAAGAAAAGAGGAAACCGCUAAAUUUAAACUGCGGUCUGAACCAUUGGAGGUCCUAAUUGGUGAUAUUCAAACAUCUUUAAAGACAUCAGAAAAGGUAGAAUUUCCAGUUUUCUCAAAUUAUGAACGUAAAGGGUUUGUAUAUAAUGUUGGGGGUAUGAUUACUGAUAUAGCAUGGUUAUCGCAGGAUGAUGAAACUGACCAAUAUUUAGCUGUCGCAGUUUCCCAAUAUUUGGAUAAGCCCUCCCAUGCAGAAUUAAGAAAUUUCGAUGCAGUGUCGCAUGUCUCUAGUAUACAAAUCUUUAAGAUGAACCCAGAUACGUUUGGAUUCGAAAAGAUACAGACUAUAUUACAUGAUAGUGGUGAAAUUUGGAAUUUAAAAUGGCACGAUGGUUAUAAAUCUGAGAAUAGUUUGGGUCUUUUAUUUUUCGUUUGCCAGGAUGGAUGUCUGAAAUAUAUAGAGAUUUCCAAGAAAAAGUCAGAGAAAGAAAAUGUUAUAUUAUAUGAAGAUAUUAUAACCAGUAUAUCGAUUCCGAAUAAUCGUAUUACUUGUUUUGAUUUCCUAUCAUCUUCAACCGUCUUAUGUGGUUUCCGAGAUGGAAACAUUGCAGAAUUUGAUAUAUUAGCCGAUUCCACAAUACCUUCGUUUUAUCAGAAAGUGCAUGAUACAUAUGUCCUCAAUAUAGCGGUUGCCUACUCCGACUAUGAAAAAACAGCUGUCGCCACGAAUAGUGUCGAUGGUACCAUAUUCGUAUUUGACCUACAAGAUAUCAAAGCAACAAAGACUACCCUAGACCAAAGAUUUCGUGGUAGUAAUACAGCACCUCUCGUGUACAGUCCUUUAUUGUAUUCUCUUGUAUACUCAGAUGGCUCUAAUUCUGUUAAAGCAGCAAUUCCUCGCGCUUUGUUUGGGACACAUCAACUAGGACCUACAAAUGCAACUGUUAACACUAUCAGCACAUCUAAAUAUCACCCUUUUAAUUUAUGUGGUGGUUCAGAUGGUUCAGUUUACAUUGAAAAUCUAGUGAGAAGGUUAUUGACUGGUAUCAAAAACAUUUCUGAAACGCACAGAAACUUAAAACUUUGGAAAUGGGACUAUGAUCAAGUUAAUAAAUAUUUUAGAUUGGAUCAUAACUAUGAAGUCUUUAAGUGUACUUCUACAGGUUCGAGUAAGAUUGCCAUUGAUGUGCAUGGCAUUAAUGUGACUAGUAUUAAGUGGAAUGAAAAUGAAAAAUCUGGCAAAUUCUAUGCUUUUAGCAAUAGUGCAGGUUUAUUAACGAUUGAGAAAUUAGAUUCGGUUAACUAA